CUCCAAAUUUAGGUAGAUUUGCUCUUAAUUGCUGCCGCACCAGGCGGUGCUUGCAACGAGCAGCCAUGAGCGCCCUACAGAAGAUUGCUGAGAUCGAGGCCGAAAUGGCCCGGACGCAGAAGAACAAAGCAACCAAUGCACAUCUUGGUUUGCUGAAGGCGAAGCUCGCCAAGCUGCGUGCCACGAUUGUGUCUGAGGGCACCCGGGGUAGCGGCGGCGGAGGUGGACAACAGGGUUUUGAGGUCUCCAAGACCGGAGAUGCGAGAGUUGGCCUUAUUGGCUUCCCAUCCGUUGGCAAGUCAACCUUGCUGAACAAGAUGACAGGAAGUGCCAGUGAGGUGGCUUCCUAUGAGUUCACUACGUUGACCUGUGUCCCUGGAGUUUUCAACUACAAGGGUGCCAAGAUCCAGUUGCUGGAUCUACCAGGAAUUAUUGAAGGCGCUAAAGAUGGCAAGGGCCGAGGAAAACAGGUGAUCAGUGUGGCGUACAGUUGCAGUCUUAUCCUGAUUGUCCUCGAUGUGAUGAAGCCCAUUCUGCAUAAACGCAAGAUCGAGUAUGAGCUCGAGGGCUUUGGGAUUCGGCUCAACAAAUCGCCACCAAACAUCCUCUUCAAGAAGCGGGAGAAGGGUGGCAUUGCUUUGAAUAUGGCUCCUGGCUGCGAGCUGCAGGACUGCGAUGAAGACAGUAUCAUGCAGGUGCUCCGGGAGUACAGAAUAUCCAAUGCCCAAGUUUCCAUUAGAUGCAAUGCAACUAUGGAUGACAUCAUCGACACGCUGGAGGGCAAUCGAAAGUACUGCCCAGCGAUUUAUGUGAUGAACAAGAUUGACCAGAUCACCAUUGAAGAACUAGACAUUAUUGCAGAGGUGCCACAUCAUGUUCCCAUUUGUGCGCAUCACGAAUGGAAUCUCGACGGUCUGGUCGAGAUGAUGUGGAGAUAUAUGAGUCUUUUGAGGAUAUACACCAAGCCAAGAGGUCAAAUCCCUGACUACACCGCUCCAGUGAUCCUCCCUGCAGAGAAGAAUAAGAUUGAGGACUUCUGUCUUCGAAUUCACAAGUCUCUGUUGGGACAGUUCAAGGUUGCUCUGGUGUGGGGAAUGUCCGUAAAACACAAUCCUCAAAGAUGUGGCAAGGACCAUCCUUUGAUGGAUGAGGAUGUGGUCCAAAUCAUCAAGAAAGUCGGAUAAAGUCGGAUAGAUUGACGGACCUGUUUCACCGUGGACUUGGAGAGCAGAUCGCCUCCAAAUCUUGAGAGACAGUGGCACUCUCAGCCGCGCAAAGUAGUUUAAGAUGUUUAAGCCGGAAAAAA